AUGCCCGCGAUCCGCCAUGCAUCGAAGCGUAAAGCGCCCCCCGCCGGCUUCUCAGACAUUGAGGACGACCUCCUCAUCUUCUCGAACAAGAUGAAAGACGCCGAGAAUGCCACGUCCGUAAACGUCCCUCGACAUGCCGUACACUGGCCCAUAUUCCAAAUUUCACAUCAGCGGUCACGAUACGUGUACGAGCUAUACUAUGAGAAAGAGGCGAUCUCGAAACAAUUGUAUGAUUGGUUGUUGAAGAAUGGGUACGCUGAUGCGAUGUUGAUUGCGAAGUGGAAGAAGACGGGGUAUGAGAAGGUAUGUGUACUAUUAUAUUGA